UUAAAGGUCCACUUACUCUGUAUGUCCAAAGCUUUCAGUCACAUCUCAUGGUCUUCCUCAGUUGUCAUGGAGAUGGUUUAAGUUUGAAUGGUUUCAUUUCAGUGAUUGUCAGUAAAGUAGUUAAUAAAUCAACAGAUGAUAAACUGCAGCUGUAUUGUGUCUCGUUCUCUCCAUCAGAUGCCUGUGAACUGGAACUGGAUCCAAACACAAUGAACAGAAAACUCAAACUGUCUGAUAACAACAGGAAGGUGACACGUGUGGAGGAGGAUCAGUCAUAUCCUGAUCAUCCAGAGAGAUUUGACUCCUGGCGUCAGCUGCUGUGUAGAAAUGAUCUGACUGGUCGCUGUUACUGGGAGGUCGAGUGGAGAGGAACAGUUUAUAUAUCAGUGAGUUACAGAAGAAUCAGCAGGAAAGGAGACAGUUAUUACUGUUGGUUUGGAAGGAAUGAUCAGUCCUGGAGUCUGAGGUGCUCUGAUGGUCGUUACUAUGUCUAUCACAAUAACAGAGAAACAGCCAUCUCCUCCUCCUCCGCCUCCUCCUCUGUCUCUAACAGAGUAGCAGUGUAUGUGGACUGUCCUGCUGGCACUCUGUCCUUCUACAGAGUCUCCUCUGACACACUGAUCCACCUCCACACCUUCAACACCACAUUCACUGAACCUCUGUGUGCUGGGUUUGGGUUCUGGAGGGAGAGUUUCUCUGUGUCUCUGUAGGAGGGAGAGUCUCUCUGUGUCCUCUGUAGGAGGGAGAGUCUCUCUGUGUCCUCUGUAGGAGGGAGAGUCUCUCUGGUUCCUCUGUAGGAGGGAGAGUCUCUCUGGUUCCUCUGUAGGAGGGAGAGUCUCUCUGGUUCCUCUGUAGGAGGGAGAGUCUCUCUGGUUCCUCUGUAGGAGGGAGAGUCUCUCUGGUUCCUCUGUAGGAGGGAGAGUCUCUCAGAUAGAAACUCUGCUGACUGAAGAUCAGCUGCUGAAAUCAAACAUCACACACUCUGCACUGUGAAGCAGAUCUGUCUCAGAC